GACCGCAGCGCACCACUAACAGCAGCAGUAUCUGGCGUGUACGCUCAAAGCUCAGCUGUAUUAUUUCCCAACACGUUUACCCCUCUAAUGGUGUUCCGCGUUAAAGCGACGUUGUGGCGGCUUGCCGUUCGCACCCGCAAGUGAAACCUCCCGUGGUGCUUGUCGCUGCCUCGUCGACAUGUCUGCGCCGGUCAAGGAUGAAAGCUCCAGUCAGGUCAAUAAGUUCGAGAAACUGUCCUGGAGGCCCUCGAGUCGAGAUUCAGGACAAGAACUGAAGGAUUUGAUUGUACAGGCUUCAAGAUGAGGGCACGCUGGCUCCAGGCUCGACGACUUUUAUCCCCCGCUUUCCCCAACCUGCGCAUCCCCAACCGAUUUCUCAGAGAAGGACCCUGGGUGCCGUCGGCUCGUAGCGGACACCGCUGUGUCGCAGACGGCACUCACCUGUACGUGUUUGGAGGCUACAACCCGGACUUUGAGGAAGCGGGCGGGGCGGAAAACGAGGACUUUCCUCUCUUCAGGGAGUUGUGGAGGUUUCACUUCGCCACCGCCACCUGGCACCGCGUUCAAACGGAGGGUUACGUCCCCACGGAGCUCGCUUCCAUGUCAGCUGUCUUCCAUGGGAACAACCUGCUGGUGUUCGGCGGUACGGGCAUUCCAUUCGGUGAAAACAACGGAAACGACGUCCACGUCUGCAACGUUAAGUACAAACAAUGGAACCUGUUGGGCUGCAAAGGGACCAAGCCCAACAAGAUCUACGGCCAGGCGAUGGUCAUCAUAAACGGUUGCUUGUACGUUUUUGGAGGGACGACGGGCUACCUUUACAGCACCGAUCUGCACAGGCUGGACCUGACUACCAAAGAGUGGAGCCAUCUCAAGCCCAACAAUGUGCCCACAGAUCUACCCGAGGAAAGGUACAGACACGAGCUAGCUCAUGAUGGACAAAGGAUAUACAUUCUAGGAGGCGGGACUUCCUGGUCAUCGUAUCGACUGGACAAAAUUCACGCCUAUAACCUGGAGACAAAUUACUGGGAGGAAAUAGCCACCAAAGCCCAUGAAAAAAUAGGAUAUCCCGCUGCCCGACGCUGUCACAGUUGCGUGCAGGUCCAACACGAGGUGUUCAUUUGCGGCGGCUACGACGGUCAGUUGAUCAUGGCCGACCUGUGGAAGCUCCACCUCGGCACCUUUCAGUGGACCAGGUUGCCUGCCGUCAUGCCGGAGCCUGCCUACUUCCACUGCGCCGCCGUCACGCCUGCGGGUUGCAUGUACGUCCACGGCGGCGUGGUGAACAUGUCUGGGAAUCGACGUACGGCCUCGCUGUACAAAGUGUGGCUGGUGGUGCCCAGUCUGCUGGAGCUGUCCUGGGAGAAGCUACUGAAGAUGGUUCCUCACUUAGCUCAGCUGUCCACCUUGCAGCUGCUCAGCCUUGGACUGCCACACACGCUCAUCCAACGGCUCAAGUAGGUAGACGUCUCAUCUCAUCAUAGGAGGAGCCGCUCCGUGAUGGGACAGAGGUGAGUGUUGCAUGGUGAACCGUCGUUAUUAAAAAAAAAAAAAAGAAACCCAACGACUGACUGCGGUUGUGAAAAUUGCCUUCUGGAGUUCAGUCUGAUCUAUUUCCUUACGUGUUUUAUUUUAGACAUCCGUGUUGAGAUGAACUUGUCCGUACAGACCCGAAUUUAAUUUGGUCAACUGUGAUUUUUAUGGCCUCGGUAACUGGUUUGCAUUUUCGAGAGGCGUUUGAAUUUUGGUGUCAAAGUGUUCCACUUCAUUGUAUAUUGUUCAUAUUUUUGUUUUGGAGCAACAGAAGCUGGAAGUGUAAUGUUCAGAUGUGAUUAUUCGAAUGGAUUUUUUUUUUUUAUGUUAUCACUGUGACUUCUAGUGCCUCCUCCUAGUGUUUUUUUUGUUUUGUUUUUUUAAUUUUACACUUGCAGUCUUGUUUUUUUUCUCCAUCUGGUGCCUUUUGAAUGCUACGAUUCCUCUUUAUCAUUGACGGUGCUGGUUGCGUGCAGGUUACACUAAGCCACUAAAUUGUUUUAAAUCAACGUGCUGCUGUUUACUCCUCUGUUGUUGUGUUUGCUUGUUUUUAUAACUAAAUGUUGCCCGAAAUGUGUCAUAAAGAACAUUAUUUUACUAUUCAUGAUUUUUUUUUUUUUAAACUGUAAAAAGGUACAGUUUUGAAAAGCACACUUUUAACCUCGGGACACAUUCAGCACUGUAAUGGAAAUGUAAUUUUGCCGCAUUGUCACUUUUCUCCCAUUUGUUAAGUCAGUCUGCUGCAGUGUUCAAAGUAGACCUUGCUUGUGUUGGAGAUGUUUCUAUUUGUGACGCUUGUGAUCUCUCCUGCAUGUUGGCAUGCCAUAUUUGAUUCUGUAAAUUUGUCUAAUUCUUGUUGUGCAAUAAAAGUCAGGCAGACCGUUUUUUUCCAAA